CGAAUGGCAAUGCGGCUAAGCUCUGGCCGCCCGCUUCUCGACAGUUGGGGUUUCUGCCAUUGCUUCUCUUGCAAGAUAUAUUUCAAGUUCAAAAUAUAUAUACAUAUAGACUUAUCUCUCUCCUAAUCUUUCUCUUACUUACCUAAGAAGAAGAUGGCAAAGGUGUUCGAUGCCGCAGAAGUUGCGAAGCAUAACACCGCAGAAAGCUGCUGGGUAAUUCUAUAUGGCGACGUCUAUGAUGUGACCGGAUUUCUUCCGGAACAUCCUGGCGGAUCAAAUGUCAUUCUGAAGCUUGGAGGCCGAGAUGCGACUGAGGAGUUCGAUCCAAUCCACCCUUCAGGUACCUUGGCCGAACUCGACCCGUCGUGCAAACUGGGCCGAGUCGACCCUGCGACGCUCGUUGCACCAGCAGUGGAAGAGGCAAGUGCGAAGAGGGAACAAGAAGGGCCUAUAGAUGUCCAAACACUACUCAACCUCGACGAGUUCGAAGAGGUCGCAACGAAGAAGAUCUCACAGAAGGCAUGGGCAUACUACUACUCGGCUUCCGACGACCUUUUCUCCAAGUCUUUCAACAAUCAAGUAUACAGACAGAUCCUUCUCCGACCGCGAGUCUUUGUCGACUGCACAAACUGCGACACAUCUACCACAAUUCUAGGCCACAAGGUUGGCCUGCCCCUUUUUGUCGCCCCGGCGGCUAUGGCUCGGCUGGCCCACCCGGAUGGUGAACACGGCAUUGCGCAAGGAGUAUCUUCCUUCGGAGCACUACAAAUUAUCUCUAAUAAUGCCUCCCAAAAGCCAGAGGAGAUUGUCGCCAACAGUGCACCAGGACAGAUUUUUGGGUGGCAAAUAUACAUACAAAACGACCGGAAAAAGAGCAUUGCCAUGCUAAAGCGCAUCAAUGCAUUGCCGAGUAUCAAAUUUAUCGUUUUGACACUCGAUGCCCCAGUCCCCGGGAAGCGCGAGCACGACGAGAGAGUCGGGUCGCUUGGCAAGGGUCUCGAUGCGAUAUCCGAUGGCACAGGAGAGAAGCGGGAAUCGAAGGGAGGCGUUGGGAAAACCCUUUUCUUUGGCACCGCCACGGACCUGACCUGGAAGACUACCCUUGGUUGGCUCAAGGAGCACACCGAUCUUCCCAUCGUGCUGAAGGGCGUUCAGACUCACGAAGAUGCAUACCUGGCGAUGCAGUUUGCACCACAACUGAAGGCUAUUAUUUUGUCAAACCACGGAGGACGAGCUCUAGAUACAGCACCCCCGGCCGUGCAUACGCUCCUUGAGAUUCGCAAAUACUGCCCUGAGGUAUUUGGCCGCAUCGAAGUCUGGGUGGAUGGCGGUAUCAAGCGCGGGACAGACGUGGUAAAAGCGUUGUGUCUUGGCGCGAAAGCCGUCGGUGUUGGGCGAGCGGCGCUGUUUGGACUUGGUGCUGGGGGUAAGGAGGGUGUGGAGCGCACAUUUGAGAUUCUGAAGGGAGAGAUUGAGACUUGCAUGAAACUGCUCGGUGCGGACAAGGUGAGCGACCUUGGACCGAAGUAUAUCAAUUCGAGAGCCGUGGAACGGGAUAUUUAUGACGGCCACGCUGGGCUGGAGAAGGUGGGAUUGUGGGUCAGCGCAAAACUAUAAGCAAACAUAUUAGAUUCUUGGAUAUAGUUCCUUCAGGCUUUUCGCUAUAAAUCUAUAUGCCUACCCCUGUCGGGAACCUACAGUAUCGCCAUCUUGCACAAAUAUUAUACUACAAAUGCCCAUAAUAUUCUACACUAGAUGUCCUCUAUAACUUCGUCUUUCUCCCCGACUUCACUCCCUUAGGAACCUCACCGGUCAAGACAUUGCGAGGAUAGGACAUGUCGCCGCCGAGUCCGUUCAUGGGCAUCCUCCAGCUCCCUCCAUCAACAACCAGCAGGUCGCCAUUAACAAAGUUUCCAGCAUCACUAAACAAAUACACGGU